GCGCAACAUUUCUAGUCGACAGAGGCGCCUAUUCUGUUUCGCGAUGGCUCUUCGUCCCGCUGUAAUCCGCCGUCUCAUGCGCGAGCUCAUCCAGCUCAAGAACGAGCCUCCGGAAGGUAUUCGCGUAGUUACACCUGACGACAACAUGCUUGACGUGACGGGGAUAAUUGAGGGUCCAGCUGGCACUCCUUACGAAGGCGGCUACUUUAAGGUCAAAUUCAACUUCACUGAAGAAUUCCCCGCUGCACCUCCAAAAUGCUGGUUUGCGACCAAGAUUUUCCAUCCCAACGUAUCUUCGUCUGGUGAAAUCUGUGUGAACACGUUAAAGAAGGACUGGCAGUCUUCGUUUGGCAUUGGCCACAUCCUCGUCACUGUCAAAUGCUUGCUUAUCUUCCCGAAUCCUGAAUCAGCCUUGGACGAGGAGGCUGGGAAACUCUUGUUGGAGGAUUAUGAGAGCUAUUGUGAACGUGCGCGUCUUAUUACUAGCGUACAUGCGACACCUAAGGUUCGCCCACCAGAGUUUAGCACGGCACCUACGGAAUCCGUAGCAUCGACUUCUUCAUCCGCAGUGCCCAUUACGACUUCAAAGUCGGCAAAAUCGGUUGAAAUUACAGCGACACUUAUCCCUCCGUGCGAAAACCCCGCGCCACUUGUUACUACGAAUUCUCUUUCCGCAGGACACAUUUUCCGCAAGUCAGCCUCACCUUCACCACAGUGCCCGCCUCAGCCAUUACAGAUGUCUGCAUCGAAUGCCAGCCCUACAGUAUCUUCGUCAUCUGAGGAGCUCUUCAAAGCUGCUGGUGUGGCCCCGCUCGGGAGAGCAGACGCAAAUACUCCUGGCGCCCUUGGGAAUGCUGCGAAAGCUGCAGCCGACGCUGCUAAACCCGUUAAAAGACCGGCUGGUGGAAUGGGUACUGGAGAGAAGAGGAAGAAAGCGCUGAAGCGAUUGUGAUACUUCGUAUUUUCCUCACUUAGGACAUCCGUUUCUACGUUCUAUCUUUUUCUUCACCUCACUGGUUUUUGCCUAUCCAUAGCAGGUAUCUUCUUUUCCUAGCUGUCCUUUCUAUUGCCGAUUAGCGUAACCUGUGUCUAUGCUGCUGUCUCGCUUUCUCUGUCUAUCUUCCUCCUUGCUUUCUUUUCUUUUCACCAUUUACUUUUUCC